AAAAUGUCAUUUGCAGGUUAAUUCAGUACUCUAUAAAACAAAGCAAAACAAGAAGAAAAGGACUACUAAAGAGCUUAAGGAUCAUUUCACGUGAGAUUGUCAAGAAACAAGCUGGUUUUAUUCUCAAGCAGCUCAAAAAUCUGUUCUGAACACAAGUCGAAGAUAAGAACAGUCUGAUAAGAAUAGACAAUCCAGAGCAAGAACCAGGUAAGAUGAUUACUAUAAAUAGUAAACUUGGUACAAAAGAGGAAAUAUCUUCUCUCGCUACCAAACUUCGCUCAGUUCCUGAUGAUAAAGACGACACAGUAUGCCCAGAUGUGGUAAAGAAGCUGAAACAAACUGAGUUUUACAGUGUGGUUGUUGAUUUGUAUAAGAGUAAUGAGGAGUUGCAAUUUAAAAGAGAUGCAACUUUCUUAUUGAGAAGGGUCGGAUACUACGGUGAUAAGGAAGAUUUAAAGGAGCUAGUUCAUAGAGGUAUAGUGAGGCUCAUCCUUACAGACUGUGUUUACUCAACAGAUGCAGAUCUCAUAACAAACGUAGUAACAGUCUUAAGAGAUGUAUGUUCCAAUCAUAACAGGGUUCUUUUGUCAGACAUUGCUGAGGAGGGUCUUUAUGAUAAAGUGAUAUACCUGCUGGAGACCUGGAAAAGUAACGAUGAUAUAGCUGAGAGAAUACUUUUCAUGAUCAACACGAUAUGUUCUUAUGAGAUGUCACUAGGUGAAGAUAUUGUUUCAUUAAACCAGCCUAGAUUUGUUGAUAUACUGAGAAAUAAACAUCAACUUCUUAGAGAAAUAAUAAGUUCGGACACAAGCUGUAAAGUAACUGCUGCGAUACUGUUAUUCAAAUACCUGGGCAGUAUUGAAAAAAGUGAGCUAUUACAACUGUUAAUACCACCGACAAAUAAAAUGUUCACUGAGGGCGGUAUUGUAAAGCUAGCUAGUAACAUAAAAGCGAUACCUGAUAAAGAAGACGAAUUUGGAAAACAAGUAAUCAGAGAGGUUGUUUCAGCUGACUUUAUCAGCAAGUUUAGUGAACAGUACGACAGUAAUACUAAGGAGGUGUAUCGUAGAAACCUGACAUAUGUGCUGAGAAGAGUAGCUUCUCUAGGAGAUAAAGCUGUAAGAAGCUCACUGGUUAAAAGUGGUGUAAUAAAACAUUUGAUAACAACAUGGGAACAUUGCACUGACAGUGAGGUUAUGUGCAAUAUAUCAGCUACUCUAAGUAGUUUUGUUUACGAUAACGGUGAUAUCUCACAUGUAGACCACCUUGUUGAGGAGGGAGUGCUAACCCUUAUAUCUAAACUACUACAGAAGUGGAGUGAAGAUGACACGGUGAUGGUUACGUUACUUGUAACUUUAGAGAACAUUACCUGUUAUAGGAAAGAUAUCGAGGAGUUAAUAGCUAACAGUACAGAGUACGGAAAUAUACCUCUACUCCUACAAGGGUUAUUAGAAACAGCUUCCAGUGACAGUGUUAUUGUGCAGACUAUUAAGGUUAUCAGGAAUUUAGUAGUGGGGAUUGAUGUACUUCACACAGUGUUUCUACACGCAAGCUUCUUUACCACAGCUUUCCGACACCUGCAAUCAACUACACUAAACAGUAAUAGUAAGGAGUACCUACUGUGUGGUAUAAUAUGUACAUUAGCAAACACCAAUACUGAUAAAAUGAAAGAUCUUCUGAUUCCUUACUCUCAACCACUGAAAGAAUUAGCCAAGACGGGGAGUGAUAGUGUGUUAAGUGUAAAUGCUGCAAUACUGUUAAAUAAAUACCUGGACAGUAUUGAGGAAAGUGAGCUAUUACAACUGUUAAUACCACCGACAAAUGAAAUGUUCACUGAGGGAGGUAUUGUAAAGCUAGCUAGUAUCAUAAAAGCGAUACCUUAUGAAGAAGAAGAAUUUGGAAAACAAGUAAUCAGAGAGGUUGUUUCAGCUGACUUUAUCAGCAAGUUUAUUGAACAGUACGACAGUAAUACUAAGGAGGUGUAUCGUAGAAACCUGACAUAUGUGCUGAGAAGAGUAGCUUCUCUAGGAGAUAAAGCUGUAAGAAGCUCACUGGUUAAAAGUGGUGUAAUAAAACAUUUGAUAACAACAUGGGAACAUUGCACUGACAGUGAGGUUAUGUGCAAUAUAUCAGCUACUCUAAGUAGUUUUGUUUACGAUAACGGUGAUAUCUCACAUGUAGACCACCUUGUUGAGGAGGGAGUGCUAACCCUUAUAUCUAAACUACUACAGAAGUGGAGUGAAGAUGACACGGUGAUGGUUACGUUACUUGUAACUUUAGAGAACAUUACCUGUUAUAGGAAAGAUAUCGAGGAGUUAAUAGCUAACAGUACAGAGUACGGAAAUAUACCUCUACUCCUACAAGGGUUAUUAGAAACAGCUUCCAGUGACAGUGUUAUUGUGCAGACUAUUAAGGUUAUCAGGAAUUUAGUAGUGGGGAUUGAUGUACUUCACACAGUGUUUCUACACGCAAGCUUCUUUACCACAGCUUUCCGACACCUGCAAUCAAUUACACUAAACACUGAUAGUAAGCAGUACCUACUGUGUGGUAUCAUAUGUACAUUAGCAAACAAGAAUACUGAUAAAAUGAAAGCUCUUCUGAUUCCUUACUCUCAACCACUGAAAGAAUUAGCCAAGAUAGGGAGUGAUAGUGUGUUAAGUGUAAAUGCUGCGAUACUGUUAAAUAAAUACCUGGACAGUAUUGAGGAAAGUGAGCUAUUACAACUGUUAAUACCACCGACAAAUGAAAUGUUCACUGAGGGAGGUAUUGUAAAGCUAGCUAGUAUCAUAAAAGCGAUACCUUAUGAAGAAGAAGAAUUUGGAAAACAAGUAAUCAGAGAGGUUGUUUCAGCUGACUUUAUCAGCAAGUUUAGUGAACAGUACGACAGUAAUACUGAGGAGGUGUAUCGUAGAAACCUGACAUAUGUGCUGAGAAGAGUAGCUUAUCUAGGAGAUACAGCUGUAAUAAGCUCACUGGUUAAAAGUGGUGUAAUAAAACAUUUAAUAACAACAUGGGAACAUUGCACUGACAGUGAGGUUAUGUUCAAUAUAUCAGUUACUCUACAGAACAUUGCAUACGAUAACGGUGAUCUCUCACAUGUUGACCACCUUGUUGAGGAGGGAGUUCUAACCAUUAUAUCUAAACAACUACAGAAGUGGAGUGAAGAUGACACUGUGAUGGUUACGUUACUUGGAACUUUACAGUACAUUACCUGUAAUAGGGUGGAUAUCAAGGAGUUAAUAGCUAACAGUACAGAGUACGGAAAUAUACCUCUACUCCUACAAGAGUUAUUAGAAACAGCUUCCAGUGACAGUGUUAUUGAUAAGACUAUUGAUGUGAUCAGGAAUUUAGUAGUGGGGACUGUUGUACUUCACACAGUGUUUCUACACGCAAGCUUCUUUACCACAGCUUUCCGACACCUGCAAUCAACUACACUAAACAGUAAUAGUAAGGAGUACCUACUGUGUGGUAUAAUAUGUACAUUAGCAAACACCAAUACUGAUAAAAUGAAAGAUCUUCUGAUUCCUUACUCUCAACCACUGAAAGAAUUAGCCAAGACGGGGAGUGAUAGUGUGUUAAGUGUAAAUGCUGCGAUACUGUUAAAUAAAUACCUGGGCAGUAUUGAGGAAAGUGAGCUAUUACAACUGUUAAUACCGCCGACAAAUGAAAUGUUCACUGAGGGUGGUAUUGUAAAGCUAGCUAGUAACAUAAAAGCGAUACCUGUUAGAGAAAAAGAAUUUCGAAAACAAGUAAUCAGAGAGGUUGUUUCAGCUGACUUUAUCAGCAAGUUUAUUGAACAGUACGACAGUAAUACCGAGGAGGUGUAUCGUAGAAACCUGACAUAUGUGAUGGCAAUAGUAGCUUAUCUAGGAGAUAAAGCUGUAAUAAGCUCACUGGUUAAAAGUGGUGUAAUGAAACAUUUAAUAACAACAUGUGAACUUUGCACUGACAGUGAGGUUAUGUGCAAUAUAUCAGCUACUCUAAGUAGUGUUGUAAACAAUAAAGGUGAUCUCUCACAUGUUGACCACCUUGUUGAGGAGGGAGUUCUAACCGUUAUAUCUAAACUACUACAGAACUGGAGUAACGAUGACACUGUGAUGGUUGAGUUACUUGGAACUUUACAGAACAUUACCAGUAAUAGGGUGGAUAUCAGGGAGUUAAUAGCUAACAGUAGUACAACAGAGUACGGAGAUAUACCCGAACUAGUGACAAAUAUUUUCCAAACAAGCAAUAAUGUUGAGGUACUGGAGAGCACUUUUGGUUGUAUUAACAACAUGUUACAUGAGAGCAUGGCUUUACAUGAGCACUUCUCCAACAAACAACUCAUAGACACGUGUAUCUCCCGGAUCAGAUCUGAUGUGUUAUCUUCUGAGUACAAAAUCAAGAUAUUACGGGGUAUUGUCACCACCCUCACAUGCAACCACCCUGCUAAAGUUGCUGCAUUGUUAGUUCCACACACACAUUCUUUGAAGGAAAUCGCCGAGUUAGACACUGACACUGAGUUUUUCAAAGGACUUUGUUUGCCCAUUUUAAAAAACGUAACUUAA